CAAAGAAUUUUAGACAAACUGACGUUACUGUGUAAUUACAACAAACAAGAAUAAGAUCUCAACGGUGACCACAUUGCGUUCGCGCCGCUGUCUGAGUCUCACCGAGUUGAUGCUCAUAAGUCAGCUCCGGCCAUCUUCACUCAUUUCUCUAAUUCAUCAAAGAUCCAUUUCCUAGAUUCUCACCCCCUCAAUGCUCCUCCUUUCUCAUCCCUUCUCUCCCGGUUGGUAGUUUCUCUCUGGCCACAAUCACCCUCUAAUUCUCUUCUCUCAUCCUACUUUGACCGGAAUGACUAGCCCCCGGUCGUCGGGGCCGCCGCCUCUUCCGAUUCACUCCCCGACACAACACCAUGACUCCUGGGACUGCAUGCUUCCAGGCCCUCCCAGUCGCAACAACUUCGGAUCCGCCGACAUCAGCCCCGCCGGUCUCCUCGCUUUCCCCUCCGGCAGCUCCGUCUCCAUCGUUGAUUCUCGUUCUAUGCAGCUCAUCACCGCCAUUCCCAUGCCUCCGCCGUCGACUACUGCUUCUUCUCUCUCCCCUUUCGUCACCUCUGUUCGGUGGACUCCUCUCCCUCUCCACCGUGACCUCCUUUCUACAGAGCCCUCCACCUCUCACCUUCAUCUCGCUGCUGCUGAUCGCCAAGGUCGCAUUGCUCUUCUUGAUUUCCGUUUGAAGUCCCCUACCAUCUGGUUCGAUACUAGCGACUACAAGUUCGGUGUUCAGGAUCUGUGUUGGGUGCGGUCUGGACCCGAUUCGUACCUUCUUGCUGCAAUUCAUGGCGCCUCGGCUCUCUCCCUUUAUAGUGUUUCCACUGCUCGAUGUGUCUGGAAAUAUGAUGCUUCCCCUGAAUAUCUGUCUUGCAUUCGUUACGAUCCCUUCGAUUCGCGCCAUUUUUGCGUAAUUGGUCUCAAAGGGUUUCUUCUCUCGGUUCAGGUUCUUGGGGAGAAGGAAAGUGAUGUUGUCAUUAAGGAGCUACGGAUUGGAACCGACUGCACCGAAUUGUUGAAGCUAGAAAGGGAUGCAGCUGCCGGAUCAUCGUCGCCGGCCUCUGCCAUGUUUCCUCUUUAUAAUGCGAAAUUUGCAUUUUCGCCUAAAUGGAGGCAUAUUCUCUUUGUAACGUUUCCCAGGGAGUUGGUGGUUUUUGACUUGCAGUAUGAGGCGACGCUUUUUAGUACCUCAUUGCCUCGUGGGUGUGGUAAAUUCCUUGAUGUGCUACCCGAUCCGGACAGUGAGUUGCUCUACUGCCCUCACCUGGAUGGAAGGCUCAGUACCUGGCGCCGAAAAGAAGGUGAACAAGUCCACGUAAUGUCUGCAAUGGAAGAGUUGCUGCCGUCAAUUGGCACAUCUGUUCCAUCUCCUUCAGUUCUUGCUGUUGUCAUCUGCCAGUCGGAUUCCAUCCUCCAAAAUGUUGCCAAGCUUUGUUCUGAUGUACGUCAUUCUCAUUCUCCUUCUCCUCAUGCAGAUGCAGAAGCAGAAGCAGAAGCAGAUAUUGUUUCUCCAUUUGAUUCUUUUGACGAAUGCCAUCCUAAUUCUUCAACACACUUGAUAUCCAUCUCUGAUGAUGGAAAAGUAUGGAACUGGCUUGUAACUGCCGAAGACACUCAGAAGGAUGACACAUGUGUGAGUAUGAGCACUGACAUCGGUGGCUUGCGAACCUCAGACAGCAACACUGACCAAAUGGUUUCUUCUACUAAUACACUUGCUUCAGAAGCAGGCAAGCAACUAGACUACGCCAAUACCAGUAGUGGCCGUCCACCCUCUGAAAUCAGUGAACCGGACUUGUCAUUUAAGAUCAGUUUAGUUGGUCAGCUUCAGCUUCUUUCUUCUGCAGUAACGAUGUUGGCAGUGCCAUCUCCAUCCUUAAUAGCUACAUUAGCUCGUGGAGGAAACUAUCCUGCUGUUGCUGUACCAUUGGUUGCUUUAGGGACUCAAAGUGGAACCAUUGAUGUCAUUGACAUUUCUGCCAAUUCUGUUUCAUCUUCCUUUUCUGUACAUAAUAGUGUUGUUAGAGGUUUACGGUGGCUAGGGAAUUCCAGAUUGGUGUCGUUUUCUUACAGUCAGGUGAAUGAAAAAUCUGGAGGUUACCUUAAUCGUCUUGUUGUGACCUGUCUUAGAAGUGGCUUUAAUAGAACCUUCCGUGUUUUGCAAAAGCCUGAACGUGCUCCCAUCAGAGCUUUAAGAGCUUCUUCAUCUGGAAGGUAUCUUCUUAUCCUGUUUCGUGAUGCUCCUGUUGAAGUUUGGGCAAUGACAAAGACUCCUAUCAUGCUUAGAUCAUUAGCUCUUCCAUUUACCGUUUUGGAAUGGACACUUCCAACAGUUCCACGGCCUGUUAAAGAGCGUACAACCAUGACACCGGAUACUGUAUCUUCACCAACUAAGGCAUCAUUAUCUGAUACUAAGGCACAAGAAGGAAAUCAGGAGGAGACUUCUGAAAGUUUUGCAUUCGCACUGGUAAAUGGUGCGCUUGGAGUGUUUGAAGUUCAUGGGCGAAGAAUUCGGGAUUUCAGACCCAAAUGGCCAUCAUCUUCUUUCGUUUCAUCUGAUGGAUUAAUUACAGCCAUGGCCUACCGCUUGCCACAUGUGGUCAUGGGUGAUAGAUCAGGCAACAUUCGUUGGUGGGAUGUAACAACGGGGCAUUCUUCAUCUUUUAACACCCACAGAGAGGGAAUCAGGCGAAUCAAAUUUUCCCCUGUAGUUCCUGGAGACCAUAGUAGAGGACGUAUAGCUGUUCUCUUUUAUGAUAAUACAUUUUCCAUAUUUGAUCUCGAUUCACAGGAUCCCUUGGCUAAUUCCAUUUUACAACAUCAAUUUCCAGGGACCCUUGUAUUGGAACUUGAUUGGUUGCCUUUACGAACAGAUAGAAAAGAUCCUCUAGUAUUAUGUAUUGCAGGAGCUGAUAGUAGCUUUCGCCUUGUUGAGAUCAUAAUUAAUGAAAAAAAGCAUGGCUAUGGACACAAGACGGCCAAGGAAAGAUUUCGGCCAAUGCCUAUAUGUUCGCCUUUGUUACUUCCUACUCCACAUGCAUUGGCAUUACGGAUGAUCUUGCAGUUAGGUGUAAAGCCCUCCUGGUUAAAGAAGAAGCCUCAACUCGUGUCUGGAGUUUCAAGAGGUGGCCAUGACCUUCGGAGUCACAUGAUUGACUUACCACCUGUUGGUGACUCGGUGGUGCCAGAAAUGCUUCUCAAAGUGCUUGAACCUUAUCGUAUAGAAGGUUGCAUACUUGAUGAUGCAAGGGCAAAAUUAUAUUCCAAGUUAGUACAUAAAGGCUCUGCUUUGAGGUUUGCCUUUGCUGCUGCAAUUUUUGGUGAAUCAUCUGAAGCCCUCUUUUGGCUACAGUUGCCUAGUGCUCUCAGUCAUCUCAUGAAUAAGUUAGCAAAUAAGUCUCCCCAGAGAGGCCAAUCCUCAACGUCUAAUGUGGAUCUUGAUGAAGCUUCUAUGCUGAAUAGGAUAACCUCAAAGGGAAAAUCAAUGCCAAGAACUGGGAAGAAAGAAGCACUUGGUCAAGGCCAACUUAUGGCAAUGGCUUUCAAACAAGAAGAGUUGUGGGAAAGUGCAAAUGAACGCAUUCCUUGGCAUGAAAAAUUGGAUGGGGAAGAGGUCAUUCAAAACCGUGUACAUGAGAGGAAAAAAAACAUAUCCCUUACUAGUAAGCUUUGGUUAUGAAUGGAGAAUGUGGAUGUGGGGGUGUGUUAGAAAUGUUAAGUAUUCCAUUCUCAUCAAUGGAACCCCAAAAGGGUCUAUUCAAGCUUCUAGGUGUCUAAUACAAGGGGAUCCACUGUCCCCGUUUCUGUUCUUACUUGUGGUGGGUGUUUUAAGCCGGAUGAUAAGCAAAGAGGUCAAGGGAAACAUUAUUGAGCCUUUUAAGAUUGGUAGAGAUGGAGUGGUCUUACUGCACCUUCAAUUUGCUGGUGAUACAAUGUUAUUUUGUUCCAGAAAGGAGGAGUCUUUCCACACUCUCAAUCAUAUGGUUCAGUUAUUUGAAGAGAUGUUGGAGCUGAAAAUCAAUAGAAGCGAGUACACUAUUUUUUGUAUUAAUUUUGAUCUAACUAGGAUUUAGAGGUGGGUUGAGGUUUUUGAUUGUGAGGCGGGUUCUUUCUCAUCUUCUUACCUUGGGUUUCCUUUAGGGAUAAUCUAAGAUUUGAGUCCUUUUGGAACCCAAUAUGUGAGAAAAUCCACAAGAGAUUGGCGGUGUGUAAGAAAGGGUUCUUCUAGAAAGCUGACAAAUUAACUCUGAUUAAAUCCGUGUUAAGUGAUAUUUCGGUGUAUUAUCUUUUGUUGCUUAGGGCCUAUAGCUUGGUGUGUAAGAGUAUUAAAAAGUACAUGAGAGAUUUCUUGUAGGAGGGGGUAGGGGAGGGUUAUGGCUCCCAUCUGGUUAAUUGGGAGUUGGUGAGGCAACCCGUGAGUAGAGGGUAUUAGGGAUUGGUAAACUUAGAAUUCGUAACGGAGUUUUGUUGGCAAAGUGGCUUUUGUGCUUCUAUCUUGAAUCUGAUUCUCUUUGGCGUAGGAUUAUUGUGAACAAACAUGGCCCCCAUCCUUUUGAGUGGACGACAUUAGGGUUAUUGACACUUUCCGAAAUCCUUGGAAGGAUAUUUCUUUCGAGCUCCCUUCUUUUUCUCGGUUUUCUUGUUGUUUUAUGGGGGAUGGCAAGGACAUUUACUUUUGGGAGGAUCGGUGGAUGGGGGAUAAUUCCCUCUAUUCGAUUUUUCCACAUCUGUAUCAUUUAUACUCUCCAAAAAUUGUACUGUCUCGGAUCUUUUGGUGAGAUGUAAGAAUUUUGUGACUCUCUUUCGGGUUCCGUCGUAAUUUGACUUAUAGGAAAACGGUGGAGGUGGGCUUCUCUUCUUUCCUUGCUUGAUGGAUGCUCUUUUAGAAUGUGGAGAAGGGAUGAUCGUGUUUGGAAUCCUAAUCCUAGUCAGGGUUUCUUCUGUAAGUCUAUGUUAGUCUAUUGUUAGAUCCCGAUCCCCCCCAAAGACUUGGUUUUUGAUGUGGUGUGGAGGACGAAGGUUCCUAAGAAAGUUAAGUUCUUUAUCUUUCAAGUCUUGCUUGGUCGGGUUACUACUGUUGAUAGGCUUGUUAGGAGGACUUCGCUUGUCGAGCCUUUUUGUUGCAUGAUGUGUCGAAAGUGUAGGAAGAUCCUGAUCAUCUGUUCUGGGAUUGCUAGUGGUGCUCCUUCUUUCAGGAGUUCAGCGUUAGCUUUGUUGGUUUGUAGCGACGGUCGAGGAGUUCCUCCUCCAUCCGCCUUUGAAAGAUAAAGGAGGGUUUUUUAUGGCUUGCCAGUUGUGUGCGAUUACUUGAGACAUAUGGGGUAAGAGGAAUGAUGGUGUUCCGGGUUAGAGAGGGGAGCCUUAGUGAGAUUUGGUUCUUGGUUAGUGUUAGAAUUAGUACUUUUGGAAAGAAUAAAAUAUACUUUUGGAAAAAAUAAAAUAUAAGAUUUUAUUUCCUAAAUAUUUCCUAAAUCUUUUCCUUUCUUAUUCCUAUUGUACUCUAUUUAUACUCCCUUUGUACCUAUUGUUUUUGUUCAUAAGAAAAAUAAUAAAAACUAAAGUAUCGUGGUUUUUCUCCCGGUUCUCGGGUUUCCACGUAAGUCUCGGGUUGUUAAUUGCUUUCAAUAUGGUAUCAGAGCAAAGCAAUAACGAAACCCUAGAAAAUAACCUAGGAGAAACCCAGAUCGAAACUGAACCCGUCACCGCCGCCGCCGCCGCCGCCGGAAUCGUCGCCGCCGUCGCCGCCGCCAUGGAGAAACUGCUCCAGAACCUACAGAAACCGCCGAUCUACCCAACGGGAAUGGUUCCGCAGCCGUACGCGCCGCCGCCGUUUCACGUCACCGCCCAUCCCGUUCCCUUCUACGCGCCGUCGGAUGUCCAGCCGUCAAACCCUUCCGGCCAUCCGCAUCCUCAUGCGCCGUCUACGAGCUCCGGACAGCAUCCCUCAACCGUAAAUUUGUCAAAUCAGUACAGUAAGCAGCAGCUGUACGUUGACCCUUUACAGCAACCGCUGUUUUCUGGUAACGGAAUUGAUCAACCCCAAAACAGAUCGGACAUUGAAGCGGGCGAAUCUUCAACGCAUUCCAAACCAACCGAGUUGCCGAUGUAUUCCAAGAACCCGGUAACUUCGUUCCCUAAUUCACAGUCAAAUUAUAUAACUGGCUCUUUGGGUUCGUCUACAGGGAAUUUUUCAGGCGAAAAAUUAAAUGGUCAAAAUUAUUUUUCUUGGUCCCAAUCAAUAAAGAUGUUCCUCGAAGGUCGAUACCAGUUCGGAUUCUUAACUGGAGAGACUGUACGUC